AUGAGUUCAGAUACUAAUGAGACAAAGAACAAAUAAAAGAAAAAGAAAAAUAGAAAAAGUCCUAUACUAACUUAGAAAAAUGUCACUACCGAUGAAAAGCAAUAUACUCAAAUUAAUAUAUAGCCUCAGCCUAAGGACUACUUAUAUGUGAAUAGAGAACAAGCGUAGACCUCAGAUUAGAAAUAUCUCUAUGGAAAAUAAGGUGGAUCUGUGGCUUAAUACAUAAAAAAGAAUCUUGAACUAUAAAACUCAGAAAAAGACAAAGAUUACAAAGAAGAUAAAUAAAUAUAGCAAAGCCAUUCUAGUAAAACUCAAAAUCCAGAAGAUGAUUACUUUGAGAAUUUAGGCACUUCAACCCAAGAUGAUUCUCAGAUUAGUGAUAUAUUCAAUGCAAAAGUAAACUCUUUGCUAAGCAUUAAUAAUACAUAAGAUUCAGUUUUAUCUCAAGCAACUAAAAAUCAACUGAAAUUUGGUCCCAAGCAAAAUAACUAAUCAAACUAAUAAUCUCUCAAUCAAAUUUCAUAAAUUAAAGUUGGUGUGGCACUUUCAAAGCAUUCUAAUAUCACUUCAGUUAAUGAGAUCAGCAGAUCCAGUCUAUAUCAGAACCAAUAGAAUCAUCCAUCCUCUGUAAUGCAUUAAUUAUUUUCUCGGCAAUAUUCCCAACUUGAGGAGACACCCUAUGCCUUCAAUUAAGCAAUCAGCAACCAAUCCCUAUUAAAAGACGAUGAUUCUUACAAUAACUUCUCGAUUUAGCCUGAGCCUGCUAUUACACCUAUAAGGUUUAAGAUUAUGCUAAUCAUUGAGGAGACAAGCGAGAAGUAUGAAGUUUGGGUUGAUAGACAAUUGCACUAGAACCUUACUUCUUUUUUCAUGUUUUUGGCUAAGGAACUCGAAAUCUGCUAGCCUGAAAUAUUUCAGAUACAUCUAGAAUAAAAUCCUCAAAAUAUUAUUCAAGAACUCACUUAGAUGAAGAAAGGGGGAACAUAUGUUCUCGCUAAAAGAACAAAGUAUGCCAAAGCAAAGAAGAAAUUUGAGGACAACAAGUAAAAAUUGAUAAGAAAAAUUUCUAACAUUGGUGAUUCAACAAGUCAGCAAAAUAUAGGUUCUACUCCCUUUAGCUAUGUAAGCCAACAUGACUAUCAAUCAUAGAAAAAUGGAUAGAAUUAAGGGCCUCAAAUUAUGCUUAAUCCUGACCUAGCCACUGGACUAGAUGCAACUUUUAUACAGUAGUUAUAGGAAGUCUACAAUCAACAAUAAGAGAUGUUUAGAGACGAUCAAAAUAAGGGAUUACUGAUAGAUGACAAAUUAUUUUCAAGUGUAGAGUAACCAAGAGAAAGAAAGAAGCGACAUAAAGGCUAGCCAAACAAACUCAAUAUUUUUGUUGACUAGAAUAAUGAGAAGACCUUCAAACCAGAAUUAUAUAAAAACUAUCCAAGUGCUUACUACUGCGACUCACCAUUUAAGAUAACAAGGGUGUAACAAAGAAGAUUGCCAAUCAUGCCAGGAGAUGAGAGACUCUAUGAUGACAGUAACUCAAGCGAUGAGUAAACAGAGGAUAAAGUUUUGAACUCACUAUGCAUUAAAACGGAAAAUAUUUAUGAUGAAUAUGGAAUAUGUAAUAACGCGUUAGAUAAUGGACACAAUAAUGACAAUAAUUAGAUAGCAUUGCUAUCGACAAGGAAUCCAAUGCUUGAUUAGAUAGAUGAAUCAUAAAUCAGUCCAGAUUUCUUGGACAUACAAAACUAGAUCAGAAAUUUGAUAAAUAGAAGUCAAAACAAUAAUGGAUUAGAUUAUAAUUCUAAUAACAGAUUCUUUAUCAAGCAAGAGUCGAGUAAUAAUAUGACUGAGUAAAAUGGGAUCACAAGUAACAUAAUAGUGGAAAGAUUAUUAAAUAGAGCACAGUUAGAGUUCUAAGCUUAGUUAUAUAACACAAGUGAAUAAAAUAGAGAAGUGUUAGCUGCCAACUAGGACCUUCUUUAUUCUAAAAUGGUCAAAUUACAUAACUAUGUUCCUUGGGCUGAUUGGGUCCCAAUGCCAGUCACACAUAGAGAACUUUCCUUUGCCCGAGCAAUGUAUCAAAGAGGGGAAAAUACAAUGGUCCAGACUCCAGAUUUCGUUGAUUUCGCCAAUGAUUUAGUGAAUCUGACUAGCCGAAAUAAACUUAUUUAUCAAAGUAUUUAACUUUUCAUUAAAAUAUCUAUAGUGAAGAGAAUGAUGCUUAAAAGAGGAAUGAGGGCUAAUCUCCAAAUGUCUAGCACAGGAGAGGUUAAGAGUAUCACAGUUGUAGUUAUGUGCUCGAGAAGUGGUAAAGCUAGCACUAAAAAUCCAUCAAUAAAGAACAACUGCCCAUUUAUAAUGUACUUUGUAAGAAAAUCUGCUUAUGAAAAUGAGCUUAGACAAGGCCUCAAUCCUAACUAGCCUGCAAUGAAAAAGAGAAAGAAGAGAAAUAUGUAGUGUGAUCUGAGUUUAGACUAGAUGAAUGAUUCAGAAACUACUCAAACUAGACCUCCUUAGAGGAUACUAGGAGAAGAGGAUGAUGAAGAAGACUAUUUUCAGUACAACGAGAUAGAGUUCAAAGAUGACUUGCAAAGAAAUGAGUUGAUAAACACUAGCAAAGACCCAAGUGAAAUCAAGAAUGAAUUUCUUUCAGCUUUGAAUCAAUAAAAGCCUUUUAAUAAAUUCAGCUAGUUGCUUGAGGAUAUUGAUAUACCAGGGGAUCCAUUUUUCCUUCAAAAAUACAGAUCAUUUCAUAAUCAUGAGCUAGAUACUAAUAUGAUAGAGCAUCAGGAUUUGAUACUCGACAAAGACAUUCAUAGAAAGGGAGCAGUGAAUAUAUUACCUCAAACCAAGAAGGCCAUCCAAGAACUAAGCGCUCAAAGGAGAAAAGAACUAGAACCGACUUUCAAGAAGGACAAUUAGCAAGAGAAUGAAGCUGCUUCAUAAUAGUCUUAAUAGCCAUAGCCUAUAAGAAAAAUGGAUGAUAUGGAAGGGUGCUCAUUUGCACAAGUGGGAAGGUCAACAACAAUAUUUAAAUGUGAUCCAGAUUUUGACUAGUAUGCUCAGGUUAGAAUAAUAGAGCCUCUUGGUAUGGAGCCAGCAUUGGUUAUUGUUGACACGACUCUCACCGAUGAAUCUGACUAUAUUCAGCAUUAUGAAGAAAAUAAUCCAGAGGACUAUCUCAUGCAUAAAGUUUAUCAAUCAAAUCUUACUUGGCCACCAACUGAGGUCCAGAUGAAAUAUCAAAGAGACAUGAUAAUAAAGCUCUAUUGCAAAGUGUUAUCUCAAGUUGGUGAAUAGCUUGUAAAAGGUAACUAUAAUCUCGAGAACAAGAGUUAUAAAGAUCAAGAAGACGCAGGCAACAAGAUAAUCUUCUGA